AUGCUCUGUCAUCGGACCGCUUUCCUGGGGCGUUUUGCUCAACAGUACGUCCGCUCACUAACGGCCAGAACGAUGUCAACAAACAAGUUCGAGCUUCCGUCGCGCUAUCAGGGAGCCACAAAAAGCGUUUGGGUGGAAUACAUCCAGCUCGCGCUCCAACACAAACCUCUGAACCUGGGCCAGGGCUUCCCGGACUAUCAUGCUCCCAAGUACGCGCUGGACGCGUUGGCAGCAGCGGCCAACAGCCCGGACCCAUUGGCGAAUCAAUAUACACGCGGGUUUGGCCACCCGCGGCUUGUGCAGGCGCUAAGCCGUUUGUACUCGGGACUCGUUGGUCGUACGAUCAAUCCUCUCAGCGAGAUUCUAGUGACGGUUGGUGCGUACGAAGCGCUGUACGCAACGAUUCAAGGUCAUGUGGAUCAAGGCGACGAGGUCAUUAUCAUCGAACCCUUCUUCGAUUGCUAUGAACCGAUGGUUAAGGCUGCCGGGGGUGUGGCCAAAUUUAUUCCUCUAAAACCUACCGUCACCGGACGUACGAUAUCAUCCGAGGACUGGAAAUUGGACCCACUGGAACUGGCGGAGCUGUUCAAUGAGAAAACGAAAAUGAUCAUUGUCAACACUCCGCACAAUCCGUUGGGAAAGGUUAUGAGCCGGCAGGAGCUGCAAAUGAUCGCCGACUUGUGCAAGCAGUGGAACGUGCUCUGUGUUUCGGACGAAGUCUACGAGCAUAUGGUGUACGCACCAUUCGAGCACGUGCGCAUCUGCACGCUGCCGGGCAUGUGGGAGCGCACGAUCACGAUCGGAUCGGCGGGCAAAACGUUUUCGCUCACGGGCUGGAAGAUUGGGUGGGCGUACGGGCCAGAGAGCCUCAUGCGAAAUCUCCAGAUGGUGCACCAAAACUGUGUGUACACGUGCGCGACUCCAAUCCAAGAGGCGAUCGCAGUAGGCUUCGAAAAGGAGCUUGAUCAGCUGACAAGCCCCGAAUGUUACUUUAACAGCAUCUCGACGGAGCUCGUUACCAAGCGUGACUAUAUGGCGCGGUUCUUGGAAGAUAUCGGUAUGCACCCAACGAUUCCACAGGGCGGAUACUUUAUGGUUGCCGAUUGGUCGAAGCUCACCGACAAGGUCGACCUGUCGCAGGAGACCGAUCGCUACCGCGACUAUCGCUUCACCAAGUGGAUGACCAAGACGGUUGGUCUGCAGGGCAUUCCACCAUCUGCGUUCUACAACGACGAGCACAAGCCACUCGGGGAGGAUUUCGUCCGGUACUGUUUCUUCAAGCGGGACGACACUCUAGAACGGGCCGCGAACAUUCUAACUGAGUGGAAGAACAAAACCACCACGAACUAGUACCGUUGCAAAUAAACAUUGCCAUUCGGCGGACAGCAAUAACAUGCCACAAACAAGUUU